UAGUCAUCCCCACUGAUAAUUACCGUCACACGUGAGCACGUGUGUUUUUAAAAUAACCUAUAAAUUUAUUUUUUAAAUUACGAAAGUUUAAUAAUUAAGUAAUUAAUUAAUUAUGAGUAAAUACGAUUUAAUAAAAACAAUUGACGAUGAUGAGGAAGUUGAAAAUUUUUCUGAUAAUUCAGAAUUUGGUGAUGACGAUGUCCAGCCUCACAAAGAAAAAUCAGUAGACGAAAAGAAAAAAGAUUUCGAUACCAAGUUCACAUUUGUAAGUGACGCAUCGGAGUACAAUAAAGACACUUGGAAUGAUUUGAAUAAAUAUAUUAAGCGCAAAGCCAAAUUCAAGCUUGAUGAUAAGAUAAAACGCGUUCGCCGUGAGCAGAAUGUUGAAGAACAUCCGAUCAAAGUCGAUGAUGAUGAUGAUGAGGAUGCUGAUGGCCAUCAUACUGAUGAUGAUAAUGAUGAAGAUGGAGAUGGAGGCAUCUACCUGUCGGAUGACGAGAUGAAGAAGGACACGUUCAAGACUAAAGAACGCAAAGGCAAAAAGAAGAAUGACAAAGCGGACAUCAUGGAUUUCGAGGAAACGGCAACAGCGGACAACUCCGCGACAUUUUAUCAAAUGAACCUGUCGAGGCCGCUACUAAAAGCCAUCACUACGAUGAAUUAUGUCCAGCCGACGCCGAUCCAAGCAGCGACGAUUCCCGUUGCGUUGAUGGGUCGCGAUAUUUGCGGUUGUGCCGCAACCGGAACCGGUAAGACAGCAGCGUACAUGCUCCCUACACUGGAACGACUGCUGUACAAACCCGUCGACGGACCAGCGAUCACCAGAGUAGUGGUUCUGGUGCCUACUCGAGAGCUGGGUGUCCAAGUGUACCAAGUAACGAAACAACUGAGCCAGUUUACCAACAUAGAGGCCGGAUUGGCGGUCGGUGGUCUCGAUAUCAAGGCCCAGGAAGCCGCUUUGCGUAGAAACCCUGAUAUUAUUAUAGCGUCGCCAGGUCGUUUGAUCGAUCACAUUCAAAAUACUCCUAAUUUUACGCUGAACAGCAUCGAAGUAUUGAUUAUUGAUGAAGCCGACCGGAUGUUCAAUGAAGAUUUCGAGACCCAGUUGGGGUGCAUUGUCAAGGAAUGCUCGAGGAGCCGGCAAACGAUGCUGUUCUCUGCUACAAUGACGGAAAAAGUAAAGGAUCUGGCUGCUGUUUCUUUGGACAGACCGGUUAAGAUAUUUGUCGACAGUAACAUUGACGUUGCUUUCAAUCUAAGACAGGAGUUCAUAAGAAUCAGGGCCGGCCGCGAAAAAGAUCGGGAAGCUAUUCUUGCUGCUCUGAUAUGCAGGACAUUCAGGGACCACACGAUCGUCUUCGUGCAGACGAAGAAACAGGCCCACAGGCUUCACAUUGUCUUGGGGUUGCUGGGCAUUCAGGUGGGAGAGUUGCACGGGAACAUAUCGCAGCCCCAGCGUUUGGAGAAUUUGAGGAAAUUUAAAGACGCUGAGGUUGACGUCUUGGUGGCGACUGAUGUCGCGGCGAGAGGUCUGGAUAUCAGUGGGAUUAAAACUGUUAUCAACUUUGUGAUGCCGGCUACGUUGGAGCAUUACAUUCAUCGGGUAGGUCGUACUGCUCGGGCGGGACGAGUUGGUGUCUCGGUAUCUCUUGCCGGGGAGGAAGAGCGCGUGCUAGUUAAAAAAAUUAUAAAGAAUGCUAAAAAUCCAGUAAAGAAUCGUAUAAUUGCUCCCGAUAUAAUUGAAAAGUACAACAAGAAACUUGAAUCUCUGGAGCCGGAUGUGGAAAAAAUACUCCAGGAACAAAAAAUGGAGAAGGAAAUUGCCAAGAUUGAGAAUCAGACCAACAGAGCGGAAAAAUUGCUCCAAGAAGAAGAGGGCCCUCGUAGAAACUGGUUCCAGACUUCUAAAGAAAGAAAACUCGAGAAAGAUAAACUGAAGUUGACCGAAAAAAUAAAAACCAAAAAAGAAAAAAAUGACGGGCCCAGUAAUUUGGUUGCUAAUAAUAAAUUAAAGAAAAAGAAGAAGGAACCAGAGUUGGAUCCAGCAGAAGCCAGAGCUCUAAAGGAAUUGGAAAAAGUUGCUGCUUAUCAAGCCCGCCUCGUUAAAAAGAAGGGCAAGAUGAAGAAAAUUCGAACUGUCAUCGAAGACGGCGAUAGAAGAACUUCUGAUAAAAAAGGUCCCAAGAAACGAUCCAAGUCAUCAUUCACUAACGAUCUUACGGACACAAGUAAAAAAGGCGUUAAACGUUUGCGUUAUGACGCGAAUAAAGUACAGAGAGAAACGUCUGGGAAAGUCCGGGGAAAGUCAGGAGCUCCUGGAAAGAAACCGAUGUCAGGAAAGAGUCCGAUGCCUGGAAGAAAAUCAAUGCCGGGAAAAAAACCAUUUACUAAAAAAGGACCUGGAAGAGGUGGAGCACAAAAGUCGAAGAGACGAUAGAAUAAAAAAUUAAUGAAUUAAAUGUAAAUUAAAGUUUAAUUAUCAAGAUCAAUAUAAUGCCAUUAUAUUCAUAACUGAA